UCAGCCUUCUUUCCCGUUCGGCUCGUGAGGUUCAUUCGGCGGCUGCCGUCGUGCUGAGGAAGUUGUGACACACCCAGGUUAUUAGCAGCGUCGCUGUCCGUCCCUCCCUUCGGGUGACGUACCCGGUUACGUUUCCUUCGUCACUCUCCCCUUCCCCCGUGUUCUCCACCCGCUGCCUGUGACGAGGCCGGCUACGUGUGAUGCUUCAAAGCACGGUUCCUCCUAGCAGGGUUGUGGACCAUGGAAGCUGUUGAAUCCCAACACAAUGGGGGCGAAGGUGAUGCGGGGUACUUUUUCAAGAAGCCAGAGCAGGCAGAGAUUUCGGGCGAUGAUCAGGGAACAAUAGUGGAUGUGGAUGACUCUUUGGGAUCACCAGGCGGGGUUGAUCCUCAAACACACACUGAGGUUAUCACGCAGUCAUCAUACGAAACAUCUUUUAAUGAUCCAUCGCCUAAUGGAACCCUGACCCCAACGACCGGAGAUGAUACAUUUGAAGAAGAAGGAACAGAGUCUCCACUUUCCACAACAGGAGGAUCUGCCACUAUUUCCUCCCUUUACCAUACAAACACAGGCCAAUACAUUGCUAUAUCUCAAGGAGGAAGAAUUCAUAUUGCCGGUCCAGGAUCAGAAGGAUUGCAAACCCUAAUAAUGGGACAUUCAGGAGCUUCACAGCCAGGAACUGCCAUAAUGCAGUACGCUGCGCAGUCACCCGACAGCCAGCGGCAGUUCUACGUACCCGGCACCCAGAUUGUUCUACAAGCUGCCGGUGGAGACAUUCCAGCAUAUGAGAUCCGGACCCCAUCUUCUGCGUUGUCCCAAGGAGUUCUAGUGGCAUCGUCACCGUCCAACAUGCAUAACCCUGAAGACCUUGCUGAAGAAGCCACACGCAAGAGGGAAAUGCGACUGAUGAAAAAUCGGGAAGCCGCCAAAGAGUGUCGACGCCGAAAGAAUGAGUAUGUGAGAUGCCUGGAGCGACGCGUGGCCAUGCUGGAAAUGGAGAACAAGAAGCUGAUGGCGGAGCUAGAGAAAUGCAGAAAGGCAUAACCUCCAGUAGUUUAGUCUGAUGACGGCCAGCACUCGAGCCAUCCAGCCUUCAAGCUGUCAGUCUCACAUUCCUGUACACGCCAAACACACCACACACACACACCACAAUACACUAUGUAUUUGCACUUGUCUAGCUGAAAUAAAUCCUAAUAUAGCUGAGAAAAGCGUAAGAUGUAAGAAUAGAAUGAGUUGUUAUAUUGUGUUGUUUAACUGGGAUCUUUGCAGCUUUUUCCAUAGUAUUUCCUACAUCCUAUAAAAUGGACGGCCGUGUCCAGUGAAUAUUUUUUUAAGGUAUUUAAAUUGGAUUUAAUAAAACUACCAGAAACUAAAUGAAUCUUGUAAUAAAACCAUUGUGCGCCCGACCAUAACUCAGGAAUUGAUGUAAAAUGUUACGCAUCAUAAGACCAAUGCCGCUUCUUUAUGUAUGAUGUCACUCAACGGCUGUAAGAAUGUACAACUCCGCAAGAUUUAUAAGAUAUUUUUGAAUCUGGCCAUGUAUUUCUUGUCAUUAAGCGCAGCGAAUGAACAUAAUUUUUAAUAGAACCAUGUUCGCAAAGUA